AAGCCAAGGGCAUUCUCGUAAUUCCUUCCAUUCAUGAAGGCUUUCAGGUUCUGUUCUUACUUCUUAUCCAUUAAAUAGCCCUCUUCUUAAUUUCUCCCCCUUCCUCAUUUUUCUCCCUCCUCGAUUCCUGCAACCUAUGAGCAGAAAAUGCUCAAUUUAACAGAAAAAUGAAGCCGCGGAUAGGAUUUAGGCGAUGAAUCGAACGAUUCGCGAGAAACGGAUACGCGGCAUCGCCGGCGCCGGCCCUGGCCCUAGGAAUAAGACGAUUCUGACUCCGGCCGCCGGAAAAUCCGGGAGAAUUUUGCGAAUUUCAUUCGCGGAUGCCGACGCGACCGAUUCGUCGAGCUCUGAGGAAGACGGACCCACCUGGCGCAGGCGGCCUAAGAGGUUUGUCCAUGAAUUACCCAUCGGUAACUCCUUACCUGCACGCCGGAAGCCCCAUCAGCGGCUGACCCUGCCACCGGCGGAUCCACCACCGGGCGGCGGUGAGAGGAAGAAAUUCCGCGGGGUGCGGCAGCGGCCUUGGGGCCGAUUCUCGGCGGAGAUCCGUAAUCCGCUUUGCGGGAAGAGGCUUUGGCUGGGGACUUUUGACACUGCAGAGGAGGCCGCCGCCGUCUACGACCUCGCGGCCCUACAGAUAAAGGGUGCGAAGGCAGUCACCAACUUCCCCGUGGGGAAGAUCAAGUACGAAUUGGAGUCAUCGGACGCUCCGCCCACGCCGGCGGCUGUGUUGACUGUGGCUGAACCUGCAGCGCCGCUUACUUCUCCGACGUCCGUGCUCCAAUUCGAUGAGGACGAGUUGCCGUUCGGCGAGUGGCUCGGCUACGGCGACGUCGACGCUUUCGGAUUCAGCGUGGUGGAGACGCCGCUUUGCCUAUCGGAAUCUUUCAUCCCAAAGUCGGCGAAUUGGGAAAAGAUUGAAUUCGAAGAGCUCGACGACCUCUCGCUUCUGGAGUCCGCUGCGCUGCCGAGUUUUGGUUGAGUAUUAGGCCUUAGCUACUGAGUAGGAGUGAUGAGUGAGUCACCGAGUGAGAGAAUAAGGGAGCUGAUUUUUAUAAUAAUGGUAAUAGUCAAGAAAAUUUGUUAGAAUAUUCUGAUGAAAAUCAUAUCAAAAUGAUUUUUAAAUUUUUGAAUUUA